AUGUCCGGUUUUCCGUCAAUUCAGAAGCGGCACCUGCUUGAGCUGAGCUCGCUGUCGCCGUGGGAGCAGGAUCAGGAUCAGGACCAGGAGGUCGCGGAGGGUGCGGAGGGCAAGGUGUCGCGUCGGCGGCGCAUCUCGUCGAGCAGCGAGCGGCAGUUGCGCGGCGGGCAGUGGCGGCCCGACGGCGAGCUCGAGUUCCGGCCCGAGUACCGCGACUCGUUUUGCGCGGCGGCCGCGUACGAGGCCGCGAAGCACGCGUGCGCCUCGCCGCGACCCUUCGCCCGGCGCUGCUCGUCUCGCACCAAGAGUCGCACGCCGGUCGCCGCCGCCGAACGAAAGCUGUCGAGCUGCAGACUCGACUUCCACUCGUGCGAGGACCUCGGUGCGGCCAACAACUCCGAGUCUGCCGACGCCUACCGGCCCUGGCGAACUGACCAAGCCACGAGACCGCCACUCAGGAGGCUCUCGACCACCCUCUGCCUCACCGGCGAAAGACAGUUCGAAUCCGAGUACGCCCUCAGCUUUGGACACAAGUUUGGUGUCGAGGAAGCGAUGGAUGCGACGCCCGAGUACCGAUCCGCGUUCGUGGACUUCCCGCGGCAGCGUCCGGUGGUGCGGAAGCCCAAGGAGAGCCUCCUGCUGAGGUCCGAGGAGCGCGAGUCGCCGCGGCGGCGUCGGCCGGACUCGCUGCAGCUGCUCGAGCGGCCGGCGUCGGUGCACGCCAACUUCUCCACGCCCUCGUUCGACCCUGACGUCAGACCUGAGUACCAGGACUCGUUCAAGGACUUCCCCAGGCGACGGCCUGACGUCCCCCGGCCGCCCGCCAGUCUCACCCCCGAGGGCGCCUGGUUCGGACGCAGCGCCGAGUACAAGGCGAGUUUCGUCGAGUUUCCGCGGCACCGGCCGGAAGUGCGUCGGCACGUGGCGUCGCUGCGCAGCGGCGGAAUGGUGGACACGUGCGUGCCGACCAAGUUCAUGAACACGAAGAAGGCGUCGCCGACCAAGCCACCGCCACCGGGCCUCGAGUUUGACAAGUCGCCGAUGGACGCGAGCCCCGAGUACCGCGACCUUUACCGCGACUUUCCGCGCCGCAGGCCGCAGCUGCACAAACCACCCUCUGGACUUUACACAGAGGGCGACUUCUGCGACGCGAAUGAAUACACGGAAAAUUACAAGGAUUCGCCUCGGAUGCGACCGAAGGUGGUGAAGCCGUCAUCGAACCUGAUGCCAGAGGGCGAGUUUAUCUCUUCGCCUGAGUACAAGGAGAACUACAAGGACUUUCCGCGGAAACGGCCUGAAGUGAAGAAGCCCCCGCCAGGACUCAAGCCAGAGGGCGAACUCAUGGAGAAAUCCCCGGAAUACAAGGAAGCCUACAAGGACUUUCCUCGUCAGCGUCCGAAGACGCCGCGUCCGUCAGACAGUCUGAAGCCAGAGGGGGGCGUGGAGGACCUGCAGCCCGAGUACCGCACCGAGUUCGUCGACCACCCGCGACAGCGUCCGGAAGUGCCGCGUCCCGAGACGACCCUGCGCCCCCGCGGGCCGUGGCUGGGCCGCUUCCCCGAGUACCGGGCCGCGUUCAUCGACCUGCCCCGCCAGCGGCCGGUGACCCCGCGGCCCCUCAGCCACCUCAACUCGGACACCCUGGGCGGAGGCUACGUGCCGCAGUUCGCAGACAAGGCCAGGGCCAGCUCGGCCGGCCCCGCGGGCCCCGCGGGCCACGCCCACCAAAGAUCACCCUCUCCACAAAAGCGUGGGAGGAGCAGAAAGAAGAAAAAGUCGGCAUCGUCUGCCGACAAAAGCGAACCAGAGAAGCUGCAGCCGCCGCCACCGCCGCCGUCGCAGCCUCCCCAACAGGAGCAGCAGCAACCCGAGACACAAAGGCAGGAACCUGCUUCUGCUCCCGAGCCGCAGACGUCGCCUCCCAGGACUUCAAAUAAAGCCUUGCCGUCAGACCUUCCUCCGCACAUUAAAAGCGGCGAGCCGGAGAAACUUGACCCAACCACUCCUCACGCAUACAAGACGCGUCGUUCGCCGAUCCGGAUCGCGCCGUCUGCUGUGUCAGCGUACCGAGUGCUGGAGGUGUGCGGCGUGGCGCCGCCAGAGGGCGACGACGCCGACAAGGGCCGCGAGCCCGGCGACGGCAAGUGGGGCUCCGGCUGGCUGGCCCGCCACCACUCACGCGCCUGAUCAUCCAUCGACCACUCUCUCUAUGCUCUAUAUUGAGAAAUAAUAAUAAUAAUAAAAUUGCAACCCCUUCAAUGUGAUACGUGAGUCAUCCGGGAAUCCUAAAAUGUGCUUCGGAGAUUGU